AUAUGCCCUAAUCGAUGAGGCCGCGCAGAGCAGGGGCAGGAGCGAGCUGUGCCGGGACAGGCCGUGCUUGCAGAAAGGAGAAGACGCCGAGCCGGGCACCAUGUGCUUCCUCACCCGUGUGCUGGCGCUGCUGCUGGGCGCGAUGCUGUGGGCGCCGUGGCUGGUGCUGCACGGGGCGCCGCUGGCCGAGCUCUCAGGGGACCAGGACUUCCAGCUCUUCCUGCACAAGAACCUCGAGUUCACCCGCAAGAUCAAGGGGGACGUGGCCGUGCUGCAGCGCAUUGUGUGCGACACCUUCCAGCUGUGCAAGGAGGAAGAGCUGCUGCUGGUGCGGCAGGACCUGGGCAUCGUGCAGGCGCCGCUGGAGCAGUGCCACAGCCGCACCUUCCAGGCGGAAGCCUGCUUCAGCCAGAUCCGCGACGGGCUCCGUGCCUACCAUGGCUCCCUCGCCGCCGUCCUGGAGCUGCUGCCCGAGCACACCAGCCUGGUGGAGACCCUGCAGCUGGACGCUGCCAACCUCUCCUCCAACAUCCAGCAGCAGAUGGAGGACCUGGGCUUGGCGACGGUGACGUACCCCACGGAGGGCCAGGGCCCCCUCCCCGUCUUCUCCUCCCGCUUCCACCACCAGGUCGGCGGCUUCUUCAUCCUGGCCAACUUCCAGCGGUUCCUGGAGACGGCGUACCGGGCGCUGCGGCACCUCACCUGCCUCUGACCCCCGGCCCCGCGCACUAUUUAUUUAUGUCCCAGCCUGAGUGAUCUUCCCCACGAGCACCCAGCUUUUCUGCUUAUUUAAUAUUUAUCGCUAUUUAAUAUUUAUCUGGCUGGGGAUGGUCCUCUGUCCCCAUCAGCCCCCGAGCAGGGCAGCCGGCCCCUGUGGUGGCAUCCGUGCACGGGUAUCUGUGCGCAGCAUCACCUUUGUUUAAUAUUUAAACAAAAGCGUAUCUCUGCUAUGAGGUUCGGGAGCUGGGCUGAGCCCCGGCAGCUGCCGUGGGCACCACAUGUGCCUCAGUUUCCCCACAGCUUGUGCAGGGCACUGCGGGUACCCCUGCAGCAUCCCACCCAGCCAAGGGGAAACCGUCUUCUUCCGUGGAUGAAGAUACUUCAGAGCAGCAUCUCCCUGCCUGGGCUGCAGCCUGCAGGGACAGAUCUGACAGGUGUUAGUUCUAUUAGCCAUAGUUACGUUAAUUAAUAUUUAUUAGCUGUUAGGUAACUAGGAGGGAAGGGAGGAUGGAGCUGCCACAGCAAGUGGGCCCGGUGGGACACGGUCCUGUCCUCCCCGAGCCCGGCACAUCCCAGGCACAGCCCCCGGUCUCGUGGCUGUGCCAGCAGGUCCCACCAGCCCACGCGGUUGUAUUUGCAUAUUGGAAAUUUCACAGCUCGCCCCGGCGGGGGCUCUCGAGCCGUGUGUUUUGUACUGUAUUUAUUGCUGCAGCUGGGUCAGCCCCAGAGAAAUACCUGCUAUUUUUUU